UCGGUAAAUCUGCAAUCGCACCGAAAUCGUUCUGCUAUACCUGCAAACUGUCCUUCGGGAGCUUCGACUAGAAUUGGUCCGCGCCAGUUGUGCUUCGUGUUUGUGCUAUCGAAAGUAAUCCAGAAUGGCAGGGGCACUGACACCGGAGGAGAAGGAACACCUCAUCACCCGCAACUUGCAGGAGGUGCUGGGACAGGAUAAUCUCCGAGCGGUUCUGAAGGAGCGUGACCUUAAAAUAUACUGGGGCACGGCAACGACCGGCAAGCCCCAUAUUGCUUAUUUCGUGCCUAUGUCAAAAGUGGCAGAUUUCCUGAAAGCCGGCUGUGAAGUAACCAUCCUGUUCGCAGAUUUACACGGCUAUUUAGAUAACAUGAAGGCACCCUGGUCUUUGCUGAAGGAACGUGUCAAGUACUACGAAGCAGUAAUAAAGGAAAUGCUCAUUUCGCUCGGUGUGCCACUGGACAAGCUCAGUUUCGUGUGCGGUACAGAUUAUCAGCUCUCGAAGGAGUACACUUUGGACGUGUACCGGCUGGCGUCAGUCGUGACCCAACACGAUGCUAAAAAAGCCGGCGCGGAAGUAGUAAAGCAAGUGGAACAUCCACUUUUGUCGGGUAUCCUGUACCCUGGACUGCAGGCGCUGGACGAGGAAUAUCUGAAGGUGGACGCACAGUUCGGUGGCGUUGAUCAGCGGAAAAUUUUUACCUUUGCUGAGAAGUAUCUUCCGCAGUUGGGAUACGGUAAGCGUAUUCAUCUAAUGAAUCCCAUGAUUCCGGGUCUGGCUGGUGGAAAAAUGUCAUCGAGCGAAGAAGACUCGAAAAUUGAUCUGUUGGACAGUGCAGCGAAGGUGAAGAGUAAGAUCAAGAAAGCGUUCUGUGAGCCGGGCAAUAUCGAGGACAAUGGUCUGCUGAAGUUCCUGAAGCACGUAAUUUUCCCGAUGUACAAAGAAGGAGAGGUGUUCACUAUUCACCGUAAAGCGGAGUUCGGUGGCGAUCUCGUCUUUCCCCAGUACGAACAACUGGAGACUUGCUUUGCCGCACAGGAGUUGCACCCUGGCGAUCUUAAAGCAGCCGUAGAGGUGUGCAUUAAUCGUUUGCUCGAUCCGAUUCGCAAGGCAUUCGACACUGAAGCUCACCGGGAACUAACUGAACGUGCUUAUCCUGCACCGGUAAAGGUACUCGGUGGAGGGAAACAAGCCUCGGCGGGAGGCAAAUCUCAACCAGCAAACACUGGUGGCACAAACGCAGCAGCGGGUGCUGGAGCUGUAGGAGAAAAUUCCCCUGAUAAGCUUGAGCUCAAAGUUGGACAGAUCAUGGACGCUAUCAAGCACCCGGACGCAGACAGCCUGUGCGUGCUGACGGUGGAUAUCGGCAAUGGUGAGCGCAAAUCAAUUGUUAGCAAUCUUCUCACGCACUACGCGCUGGAGCAGCUUCGAGACCGGUUGGUUGUGGUGUUGACAAACAUGAAGGCAUCAAAAAUUCGUGGCGUCGAGAGUGAGGGAUUGGUGCUGUACGCGGCUGGAACCGAUCGAUGCGAAGCCUUGGCAGUCCCGGAUGGCUCGAAGGUUGGUGAGCGAAUCAUUGUGGAAGGAUUUGAUAAUACAAAUAACCCGGUACCGCCACUCAAUCCGAAGAAAAAGGUUUGGGACAAGAUUCAGGCGGAGCUGCAUACUGGCACAGAAGGAGAGGCACUCUGGAAGGAAUUUUCACUUAUGACGUUGAAUGGCGAUCGGGUGACGAGUACACUUCCUGGAUGCAGCAUCAAAUAGGCGAAGAUGGUUAACGACAUGCGCUACUACGUAGUGAAAGUUGGGUUUACUGAGGCAUUUCGCAGCUACUCUAGCUUUUUUCAACUCAUUUACAGCAAGAUCAAGAUCAUUGGACGGUGAAGAUUUUUUUAUACUCGUUUAGUUUUUCGCGGAGUAAUUUAUUAAAGUUUGUGCUGCACGUGA